AUGGCAGAGGAGGUGCAGCAGCAGCAGCAGCAGCAGCGAAAAGAAGGGGACGGUGGUAGGGAGGGGGAAAAAAAGAGUCGACGGAUCGGGAUGGAUUUUCCUCCCGUCAAAAGUCGCGAGGAGAUCCUCAACUCUCAGCGGGCGGCAGUGACACAGGAGGAGAUACGUCAAGGCAUGCAAGAUGACAUCCCUCCCGUCGUGCGGAGUGUGUUGGAACUUGCCCAUCUGAUGGUGAGCGGCCACAGCCAGAAGCUGCGUGCCUCCCCCGGAUAUCAGGGGGGUCUGUUUUACGGCGGUAGCCCUUUUUGCUUCGCGAGCGGUUACCGCGACGGCACACGGCCACGCGAUAUGGACGACAAGGGGAACCACAUGAAACUAAGGGACCCGCUUACAUACGGUGUGCUCUCGCUGCCCGUGACAGCCGGCUACCUCUGUGAGAUGCAUGGCAAAGGCGUGUUUGACCUGCAGGCCCCUCUGGCUCACUAUUUACCGGAGCUUGAAGAUAAGCUGGAUCCCUCUGUGACGGCGCGGAGUAUUCUUGCCUUUGAUACAGUUGUCGACGACAAGCAGGUGCUGAAGGAUGCGGAAGCCCAUUGUUUUCGUCCUCUCUUUGCGUGGAACAUAUGCGCCGCAACUCAGCGUUGUGUUUACAAGCCGAUCAGUCGAUUCUUUCAAGGGGGAUCCGCCAAUGCCCUCACAGGACAACAACAACGGGAGAACUACGUGCAAUACUUGCGUUCCUCCUCACGUAUUCGGGUGGGAUUGCGUUCAAGGAGAUGGCUAUCCAGUCCCAAAGUUUCCCACUUUUCUGUUGCGUUGCUCAUUGCAGCUGUGGAGCGGCAGCUGGGCGGUAUUUCUUUUGAAGAGUCCAUUCGGCAGACCGUGUUUGAGCCUGCGCAGAGCCACGGAGCCGGAUAUGGCCCGCCCAUGUUGUGGCGUGACCCAAAUGAAAUGUUCUACCAACCGAGAGGCCUUUCACUGCAGCAUCAGAGGUUUUUCCACCCGAUUAAGACGGGGGCUCUUGAAAACUGCGGUCCACCGCUCCUGAACGCUUCCAUGAAUCUAUACGCACCUGUGGAGGACUACGGAAAACUUUUGCUGCUCUCCCUUGACGCCAUACGUCAUGCACGGACAACACUAGGGGUUGCGGGAAUCACCAAAGCGGGUCCGCAUUUUGAUUUUGGAGUGGAGUGGCUGGGUAGGAAACAGGAGCGGUGUCAGCGGAUACAACUGACGCGACAUGUGAUGGGAAUGGAAUACGUUCCGGCGGCAUCAUCGUUUCGAUACAACUGCGAACACGAUUUAGGCUGUUUUGGCGUGACCAACUGCGGCACACGAAAUGCAUGUGUGUUGGCGAACACUCUGUCACGCAUGAUUCAGCACCUCUUUCUCAAGCACGUUAUUAGGAAGGGAGUCGAUGUGAUGCGGGGGCCUGACUUGGACAACCCCGCCCAGGAGCAGAGCGAAACCGAGACAAAGUUCCGGAAGAUCAUCAAGAAGCAGGAAUACACGAGCUACUUCAGGAAACACGACACACACAAGCGAUUCUAA